UGAGUCUAUCUAUCUUUCUGCAUUUUUGCAAAAAAAUAUCCAGUCUUGUGAUAAGAAAAGGGCAAAAAUAUAAAUUGGCAUCUGGCAUCUGGCAACAGGGGGAGAAGAUGAUCUGUGGAAACAUCCAAAAGGCAGUAACAUGGCAAGUAUUUUUCUUCAUUCUUUGCCUUUUCUAUAAUGUUCUGUAUGGGCAGAUUCAGUACUCAAUACCUGAAGAAAUGAAACAGGGAUCUGUAAUAGGAAAUAUUGCAAAUGAUUUUAACUUGGAUGUUAAGGAAUUGUCUCUUAGAAAUCUGCAUAUUGCAUCUCAUGACAAAAAACAGUAUGUCAAUGUUAAUUUAGAAAAUGGAGACUUGGUUAUUACAGAAAAGAUAGACAGAGAAGCAUUGUGUGGAACAGAACAGCAAUGCAUAUUAAACCUCAAAGCAAUGAUUGAAAAUCCUCUCCAGAUCUUCAGCAUUAAAGUUGAAAUUCAAGACAUUAAUGACAAUGCCCCAAGUUUUCCCAAGAAUUCUUUGAAAAUAGUGAUUAGUGAAUCUGCCUUACCGGGGGUGCGAUUUGGCCUGGGCUAUGCACAAGAUCCAGAUCUUGGUAUCAAUUCUGUACAGAGCUAUGGACUUAGCACAAAUGACUAUUUCAUUCUUGGAGAAAGAACCAGCAGUGAUGGAAGUAAAUAUCCUGAGUUAGUACUGGAAAAGUCUUUGGAUCGAGAACAGCAAAGCUCCAUUGAGUUAAGUCUAACUGCUUCUGAUGGAGGUAGACCAAUGAAAACUGGUACAACUUUAAUCAGAAUUGUUGUUUAUGAUACUAACGAUAACCACCCUGUUUUUAGUCAGGAUAAUUAUCAGGUUAAUAUAUAUGAAAAUGUAGCAAACAAUUUCUCAGUUCUACAGAUACAGGCCAGCGAUAUAGAUGAAGGUGCGAAUGGCCAAAUUACGUAUUCAUUUACUCACAUUCCCGAGAAUGCGCUACACAUUUUUUCAAUAGAUUCUCAAACUGGGCAGAUAACAAAAAUAGGAGACCUUGACUACGAGGUAACAAAGAAAUACACACUGACAGUAGAAGCUAAAGAUGGCGGGGAGUUGGUUUCCCACUGUAAAGUGUCAAUCCAGGUUAUAGAUGCCAAUGAUAAUGCACCUGAAAUACAAAUCAAUUCCUUCUUGGGUACAGUUCCAGAGGACUCUCCACCUGAAACAGUCAUAGCAAUUAUUUAUGUGCACGAUUUGGACUCAGGAGAAAAUGGUGAAGUUGUCUGUCAGAUUCCUGAAAACCUACCUUUUCAAUUAAUUACAUUAACCGAAAGCUACUACAAACUAGUGACUUUAUCAAGAAUGGACAGAGAAAGAAUCUCUGAAUAUAAUAUCUCAAUAACUGCCAAAGAUAAAGGAACACCAUCACUAUCCUCCUUAAAAACAAUAAGGGUAGCUUUAACAGAUGUCAAUGACAACAUCCCUGUUUUUGAAAAAACACAUUAUGUUACCUAUGUACCUGAAAACAACCAACCAGGAAUGUCUAUACUCCAUGUUAAUGCAUUAGAUCUUGACAUUAAUGACAAUGGAUUCAUUACUUAUUCAGUUAUUAGUACAGAUAUCCAAAAUAUCCCCAUAUCUUCACAUGUUUCCAUAAACUCUGCAACUGGAGUUAUUUAUGCCCUCCAUGCUUUUGAUUAUGAACAGAUACGAGAAUUUGAAUUCCAGGUGAUGGCUACAGACAACGGGUCUCCUUCUUUGAGCAGCAAUGCCACCAUUAGGGUUUGCAUUAUUGAUAAGAAUGAUAAUUCUCCAAAGAUUCUCUAUCCAUCGUCAGACACUGAAGGAACAGCAUUAUAUGAAUUUAUUCCUCAGUCAUCUGAGAGAGGUUACCUAGUUACCAAAGUGAUUGCAGUGGACGCUGACUCUGGGCACAAUGCGUGGCUUUCUUAUCACCUAUUACAGACUCAAGAGCCGUCAGUUGUUAUGAUUGGUCAAAGUACGGGAGAAAUCAGGUUAGCGCGGGAUUUCCAAGAAACAGAUUCUACAAGGCAAAAAAUUGUUGUCAUGGUAAAAGAUAACGGGGAGCCCGCACUAUCUGCUACAGUUACACUGAAUCUGAUUAUAGCUGAAAACUUUCAAGUUCUCCCUGAAACGAAUAACAAGUCCGUAAAGUUAGACAAUCCAUCUAAUUUAUCUCUGUAUCUUGUAAUUGCAAUUGCAAUGAUUUCCCUUUUGUUUAUUAUAACUGUGACUGGCACAUUGGUUUAUAAAUGUAGAAAAUCCAACCCUUCACCUACAUUUGGGAUGUUUGAUAAAGACAUUUAUCCACAAGUGGCUUUUAGAUAUCCUACACAGCUGAGUGAUGGAACCUUACCAUUUCCAUUUUCCUAUGAUGUAUGUGUGACACUGGAUUCAAGCCAGAAUGAGUUUGCCUAUCGGAAGCCAAGUGAGAAUAUUCCAACAGAGAGUCUUAUUGAUACAGAUAAUUUGGUUAUAAUUAAUGAUUCUAUAAAAGAAGUCCUGCCUGACAGCGGUUUAUCACAGGUAAGAUAG